UCUCUCAUCGGGUGUGCGGGAAGAAGCGCACGUGGGUGGGGCGUGAAAGCUAAUCGAAAUUGACAGACUUAGUAGUAAUGGCUUUCGCCGGGCGUAUCUUGGCAUCAAGCCCUCUAUCCUCCAACUGGUAAUUACUCCCUUUGCCCGAUGUGAAACUGACCCUGGGUUUGCAUACUCCUUUUACAGUAAUCUUGUCGCCGAUACAUCCGCGAAGUCACUCUACACGGGAACGUGGUAGGUGGCUUAUUCUUUAGACAUCAGCCCAUAAGCAAGCAUGCAGGCUGAGGUUGUUUCUAUGCAUCACACGCCCGAAAGAUAAGCUAGCUACAGUACCGUUUUGCCAAUUCCAUAUACAAUGUGUCUAAUGAUGAUGUUCUGAGUUUUAAUCCGUACCCCCAAAGCCAUGGAAUACCUCCCAGAUGUUCUCGAAAACCUCAGCCACGGCUCACCUGUCGUAUAUGGCUUGUUGUUUGUAACACUAUUGGCUAUUGUUGGCAACAGUUACAAAAUUCUGAGGGGGGAUGCCGGAAAGUACCCACUAGCUGGAUACUCACCCCAGCACUCAUUCCCCGCAUUGAGAGCCCGUCUAGGAUGGUUCCUCGACGGUUCGAAGUACAUUGAUGAAGCGUUUGAAAAAUAUCCCGAUCAAAUCUUCAGAUUGCCCAGUCUCAAUCGUCUCUCUCUAGUUUUACCAGCUAAAUACCUUGACGAGGUCAAAGACGCGCCAGAGAGAAUUCUUAGCAAUGCCCAUUCGGUUUCAGAAUUUUUUGUGGGUGAAUGGACGGGGAUGGACUACACGCACUUCGAUCCUUACAAUCUCGACGCUUUCAAGGCGCAGUACAUAUCAAAACUCCCGCCUCAGGUGGAAGUUGCCGCAGGUGAAGCUAAUUUUGCCGUGGGAAAGGUUUUCUCAAUCUACGAAGAAUGGACGCCGAUAUCUCUGUACAAGCAUAUGCUUCCAUUUGUCCUUCGGUUGACCACACGCACCAUUGUUGGUGAAGAAAUUUGCCGCAACACUACAUGGGUAGAAUCUCUCAUAGGAUGGGAGACUGGCGUAGCCAUAGUCUCUACAUAUCUCAGAGUCGUACCGCCUUUCUUGAGGGGUGUGGCUUACCUGAUACCUGAGUAUUAUCGCCUUCUCAAACACAAGCGGAGAAUGCAUCAAGUGCUUGAGCCCCCAAUCAAAGAAUUCCUCGAUGCCCGCAAGAGCGGCAACAAAUGGAGCAGCGAGGAAGACGUCAAGAUUCUGCUUGAGAACUACGCACAAUUCCUACCAGAACACGAGAUGACGCCGAGCAAACUGGCACACCGUCUUGUUGGUAGUAGUUUCGGAGCCUUCCACUUGACCGCAGGCGUCGUCAACAAUUGCGUUCUCGAUUUAGCUACACAUUUUGAGGAGUAUGCGCCAGCUUUGAGACAGGAGAUUGACGAGGUACUUGGAGAUAGUGAUAAUAUCACCAACGCACUGCUGGUAAAGAUGUGGAAACUCGAUAGUUUUACUAAGGAAAGUCUCCGCUUCCACCCUCCCCACCUCAUAUCUUGUAAUCGGAAAGUCAUGCAACCAUUCCAACUUUCCUCCGGCGCUGCCCUCCCGGUGGGCUCACAUAUUUGUUUCCCUAGCCAAGCCAUGUCCAUGUCCGACGAAUACCUUCCGAAUGCGAGGGCCUUCGAUGGCUUCCGAUUCGAAAAAAUGCGCCUCGAUCCCACCACGCAGGACCAAAACGGGCUUCAGUUUACUUCUGCGUCGGCAGCUACAAUGCAUAUGGGAGGUGGAAGACAGCAGUGUCCCGGAAGGUUCUUUGGCUCAGCGGUCACUAAGAUCUGUCUUAUCAAGCUGCUGAGGGCGUUCGACUUCAAGUUGGUUGGGGAAAAGAGGCCUGCGAAUUUGAUGCUGAUGGAUGUUGAUGCUGCGCAUCCGGAAGCGGAGAUUAUGAUCAGAAGUCGCGCGUAUUAG